AUACUUAACUUAUUUCUUUGUAAAUUACAGCAUAUAAAUAAUACUCUGAUUCAUACGAUAUAUAAUAGACAGCAACUUCAGCAACAGAAGGAUACGAUAAACACUCAAAGAUGGUUUUAAAUAUGGACACGGAACUUCAAAGACUUAUAUGUGUAUCGGUCGAGAAAAUGACAAGAGAUCCGGCGGCAAGCGGAUCACGCAAAAGCCGCGGAUUGGACUUGAGAAAGGCCCUACUCGUGGCACAUGUAUUACAGGACAUGAGAAGCGCAUACAUAAGCGAUGAUUAUCAAGUUUUAGCAAACACUGUAUGUCCGGAUAUUGAUAUUUCAUCAGAAAAUGAAAUGGACAAAAUUAAAAGGACAAUAUCAAGAAGGGAAUAUGAUAAUGAAGAUGAUUUAACGAGUUAUCAGAAACGAAGAUUUAUAUCAGAUGAUUGGUCGUCAGGAACGAUAGAGAGACCUCCACGAAGUGAGGGCAACGAUACUCCGUUUCUGACAUCACAAUACAGAUGUCCGUCAGGGACUCAAUCUUGUUUAGUGACGUGUAGUGACGCAACAAUGUCAAAAAUUUCUCAAAUGACACACCCAAUUCCUGUUUCAAUUAAUACAACCUAUGUAUUGUCGCCACAUCUAACAAAUGAAAAAGAUAAUGAAGAAAUUAUAGAUAUGGAUGAAGACACACCGGCUGUGUCUGAACAAGUAGAAGUCACAUCAUCAGACAUUUCGGACUCAGAGUCCGUAGAAAUUGAGGUAGUUCAAUGUGAUGAUCUACUAAACAACCCCCAGAGUCCGGAAACUAUCGUGGACAAUAAGUCAGAAAUCACUGUGAAUACGGAUUUAACAAAAUCUCAGGGAAAUAACCGACCAUCUAUCUCAUGUCCCCUUCCUCGGAAAAAACGUCCGCUGCCGAAAGAAUUCUUGGAGCCCACAGUGAAUGAAAACACGAACAUCUCGACAUCUCAUCAGCCCAUCAACAAAAGGACAAAAUAUGACGUAACUGUGACGUCAUCAACUUGUGACGUAGUGGUCACAUCGUCGUAUUUUGUAUUAAACACUACGACUGCAACAACGUUAACUCAAUCUACAGCUUUGUCGAAAUCACGCCUCUCACCCGCCUCCCAGACAGGAGCUUCUCAAAGCUGCUUAACACUGACAUCUAGCGUAUGUACUUCCAGUUUAUCUUCGACAUCGACAGCAAACACACUCGCUAAUUCAAACUCAAAACCUAAAGUAGUUGUUGAAUUGAUGAACAAUCAGUCUUCGUCGAAUGGACAUUGGUCUCUUCCAGUAACGUGUACCCAACCACGGUUGUCCCAGUGGAUAAUGGAUGGAGUAUACAGAGCCCAAUUAGCAGAUAUAUCUAAUAUGCGAGACAAUAGCAUUCAUAAUGUUGGUAUGAGAGGUCUCGUUGCUUAUUAGUGCACUGUUUACAAAAUCGGUAAAAUGAAUGUGUAUUUGAUGGCAAUUGGGAUGGAUAUUACUGUCUCGGACUUACCCAAACAAAUUCGGAAAAAUUGCCAAUAAAUGCGCAUUGAUUUCACCGAUUUUUUCCUCGCGUGUGAUUUUGAUGUUUUUCUUAAUUUUGACUCUUCGAUUAAUGCUACAUGCGUUUUCGAAUUAAAAAGGUUCCGUAUUAGAUUUAUUUUGUAUAAAAAAAAAACGAAUUUUAAUGGAAAAAUAAUAAAUAGAAAAAUGUUGUGUAAAAUUAGAAUUACGUCUAACUUACGUCACAAUCGUGACGCGAACCCGAAAAGUUGUUCCCUGUGUCACUCUCUAUUUUUUUUCUAAGUUCAGUUUCUUUUUUGUUUUCUUGAGAUUUUGCACGAUUUUAGUUUUUUUUUUCAGUGAUUUUCAUCUAUUUGUAACUACAAAAUUAAACAAAAAUGGAAUUUUAUCCUUGAAAUUGCUGCUAAAAUUGAAAAAAAAAAUCUAAAUAAAGUUAUCGAAAUUUUAAUCUGAGACAUGGUAAUAAUAUUGGGGAAUCCAAAAUCUGAUGCCUUUAUUCAUUCAAAUUAUAAUGCAUGAGAAAUACAACGAUUGUCUUUUCUCUGCGAAGUUAUAGAUUCGAUCUUGCUGCUAUUCGGCCCAUUAUGUUCCCGUUAAUUCGGAUCAGGCACAAAAUUUUAUCCGAAUAUCUUAAAAAAUGUGAUAUAUUUUUAAUUUUUUUGGGGUGAUUUUAUCUUCUUUAUAAAAUGAUGUGCAAUUUCUUGAUUAUUUUCUUUGUUUUUUUGCGCUUCACCAUCACUGGUGGUUUUUAUUAUUUUUUGCUCAAAACUUUGAAAUUUGUUUCCUUAUUAUAAUUUUUCUUGAAUUCUAGUUUUUGAUGAUUUUUUCUUGAAUAAAGAAGAUUCUGCACUCAGAGAUAAAAAA